GCGCUUCUUCACCAGCUGUGCUGCAGGCGCCCAAGGAGUUUUCCAUCUCAUUUGACUUCGAACCUCUGCUCUCGCCUGCCCAAAUGACGGCGGUAGCCUCUCCUGAUCAUCUACGUCUCACACCCGCUCAGAAGAAGGCGCGCCGACAGCAUCUAAAAACAACGAAAAACAGACCCACAGACAUCAAGGAAGGUUGGACGCCGUUCAGAGCCGCGGAGAAGCGGUUCAAAGCAAAAUGGCCGCCACCAGACAUGUCUAGCGUGCUUGAUUUGCACCUUGAAGAUACAGAUUGCGCUAGUGGCAGCGGCGGAGAGGCUUCGCAGACAGGACGGAGAGGUGCUGUCGACUGGAGGCAAAUCGAUGUACCCGUGAACGAGAAGGGCAACAAGGCGUAUGUGUUUCCUCGGAUCUCCGGUAUGCGAGAUCAUUUUGUAUCGCGCAUGUACAUACUCAUUGCCUACAUUAUAUGCAAAUAUAUGAUAUGCCGACUCUCAGGUCUCGUUUACCUGCCCGGAUUCGUGAGUUCCGAUGAGCAGCGUCGUCUCAUACACUGGAGUCUAAAAGAUCACGCCAAACUCCCAAACGAAACUAAUCUUGACGCACACUAUUUGUUUCCACCAGGAGGGCUCUGGGAUGUGUACCUCAAAUUUUUGAACGACGGUACAGACGAAGAGACAAUCCAGCCCAAAGCCUCAACCUCAUCUUCGCCGGCGGCCUCUUCUACGCCAUAUAACGCUUCGGCAGACCCCACUAGCGGUCCACGCACUCUCAUCUCCAAUUCACCUGCCUCUCCUUCCUUGCUGCCAACUCUCCUGACGUUGUCUACACCUCCACCGGCACCAUCACCGAACGCGAAGCCCUGCUCGCCUGCCGCACUCGUCCCCAAGCUGCGCUGGGCGAACAUUGGCUGGCACUACCACUGGGGGAACAAGCAGUACGACUUCACCCGUGGCAGGGGCGGCGGUGUCGCAGAGGUGUACCGGGCGGUGUGCAAGCGCGCUGUGCAAAGUGUCAAUUGGGAAGAUGUUUAUCGCGGCAUUGCGAUCACUGCCGAUGAAGGAGACGGAGGGGCCAUUGAGGAGUGGAGGACAUGGCGAGAAGACUAUGAGCCGGACGCGGGCAUUGUGAACUUCUAUCAGACUUCGGAUACACUCAUGGCACACGUCGAUCGCUCUGAACUCUGCGCUGCAUCGCCACUCGUCUCCAUCUCACUAGGCUGUACAGCAGUCUUCCUCAUCGGAGGGCCUACGCGUGAUACAGAGCCAGUACCAAUCUUUCUGCGUUCUGGAGACGUGCUCAUCAUGUCUGGGCCGUGUCGGCGAGCAUAUCACGGUGUACCGAGAAUUCUCGAAGAUACCUGUCCCGCGCAUCUCCUCGGAAGCUUCAACUCGCAGACAGCCCCCUCCAGUGACCAGGGGGAUGAUUGGAAACCAUACGCAGAAUAUAUGCGCAGCGCACGUAUCAACGUGAACGUCCGCCAAGUCUUCCCGCGUGGCUUCGAUCCUGGGCUACCUAUCUGAGCCAACUCCAUACGGCAAAUUAGGUGAAUUUACGCGGACAUGUACAGCAUAAUUACAUUUGUUAUUACCAUACAUACAUACAAUGCGAUAGACUUCAUGCGUGUAGAUAUAAUCAAGUACAAACAUCAAUGAUCGAGGUAUCACCAGAAUGUGCGCAAGAUGUGACAGUGUGGACAAGUACACGGCGUACAGUAGAGGAUGCGUUGAGUGCAAUGGGAGAAUGGCGUUGAACACAAUGAGAGGAUAGCGUUAUGGAUAUUAGUCAAAGUGCAUCCAAUGUCCUGGGACUCCGAGUCUACAUUUCUCACAAUCAGCGCGAGGACCCAUCGUGAAUCGCUGUUUUCGUGCGGGUAUUGGUGCAGAUGGUGGCAUAUGGCAUUGAGGUGACUGUGUGACGUUCGAAGACUGUGAAUGAUUUUGGGGCGAUGAGAAGGCGUGGCCGUGGGUAUCAUGCAGCGCAGAAGGUGAUGAGAAAGCUUGUGGUAGCAUGCUGGGCGAUGUGGAAUGCGAGAAUGCGGAGGACGAGCUUGAUGGUGCGACAGUGGACGAAAGUGAAUGCGAUGAGAGCGAGGAGAAGCUGGGAUAUACCGGUAUACUGGGUAUCGACGGCAAGGCAGACAGCGAGCGGCUUGGAGACUGGGAGGAGUGCAUUGGGACGUCGUGGUCCAUAUUCUAGUUUAAACGACGC